GCGACGGACGAGUGGGGUGGGGGAAAAGAAAGAAAGGAGAGGAGCUCGCUGCGCGCGCGCAAACACAAGCCCCCACCUCCCCACCCACAAUACCCAGGGCACGCGUAAGGCGGUGGUGGGGCCGGCUCCAGACCGAGUCUCGAACCCGGAACGAGAAGGGGAGGAGACCUCCCUUGUUGCUGCCGCCACAGCCGGAACCAAGCUGCCCAGUCACCAGUCCCUCGGACCCAGUGCCACAAUGGCAACUGCACCUUACAACUAUUCCUAUAUCUUUAAGUACAUCAUUAUUGGGGACAUGGGUGUAGGAAAGUCUUGCUUGCUCCACCAGUUUACAGAAAAGAAAUUUAUGGCAGAUUGCCCCCAUACAAUUGGUGUUGAGUUUGGUACAAGAAUAAUUGAAGUUAGUGGCCAAAAAAUUAAGCUGCAGAUCUGGGAUACAGCAGGACAGGAGAGAUUCAGGGCUGUCACACGGAGCUACUACAGAGGAGCAGCAGGCGCUCUUAUGGUCUACGAUAUUACUAGAAGAAGCACGUAUAACCAUCUAAGCAGCUGGCUGACAGAUGCAAGGAACCUAACUAAUCCAAAUACUGUGAUAAUCCUCAUAGGAAAUAAAGCGGAUCUGGAAGCGCAGAGGGAUGUGACAUAUGAAGAAGCCAAACAGUUUGCUGAAGAGAAUGGAUUGCUGUUUCUUGAAGCAAGUGCUAAAACAGGAGAGAAUGUUGAGGAUGCAUUCCUAGAGGCUGCCAAGAAAAUCUAUCAGAACAUCCAAGACGGGAGCCUGGAUCUAAACGCUGCAGAAUCUGGUGUACAACACAAGCCUUCAGCUCCACAGGGUGGCCGACUAACCAGUGAACCCCAGCCGCAGAGAGAAGGCUGUGGCUGCUAGUGACCUCACUUCUCAGCUCUGUUUCUGACCUUUCACCUCUGUUAGGAGCAGUGCUUUUGGCUGCUUCAGUUUCCUCUGUCCAUCUUACUGGGUUUAAUUAAAACUCCUGAGGCAACAGUUUAACACAGCACUAAACUGCUAAAAAAUAAAUAAGAGAAACUUAGAUGUAAUCAGGUUAUCAAAGGCAAGUAGAGUCAUACCCUCUCCCUGCAUGGUAAAUCUAGAAGUCUCCCCCCACCCCAGUCCUUGUGAAUAGGUGUCACCAAUAUAUGAUUUACAAAACAGAGCACUGAUGGUUGGACCUCAUGAUUUUUAUUAUUAUUCUUUCUCUUUCUGCAGGGCUUUGUCUCUUGUAAAAUUCUAACUUUUCCUAGCUUCAGCCUUUCCUCCCAGUCUGCAAGUGGUCUGGAUCUGUCCUUUUUAGUAACAGAAAAAAGUUGAUUUGCUGUGAAACAACCUACAUGAUUAGAGUGGGAUCCUGCAUAAGAUUCCUUUUUUAGUGGGAAGGAUUCCCUAUUAUACAUUUGUUGGUGGCGGCAGCGUGGGAGCACUCAUUGCAGGAGUGUUCGCCUUCAUCAUCUUGGCCUCCCACAUGGCAAGUAUCUAUCUUGUGCUUGUGCUCUGUAGCUUGAUGCCACCCACCUCUUCCUUCUCCUUACCAUUUUUACCUUUUGUGGCCCUUGUUAACAGAACGUAAAUAUGUAUAAAUUUUGAAGGAACAGAGCUAACACUUUAAAAAAGUACAUUCUGUGUAUAUGAUCUUAAUGAAAUAA